AUGCGGGCCGAGGUUUUUUCCAAUUGGGCAGUCAUUCAGCCCGUAGCUCGCUUGCAGUCGUCGACAAAUCCCAGGCAAUACCGGCGACAUGUCUUUUCACCGGAAAGCGUUUUUUACACCAUGGGAAAUGAGCGCCUGCCCCUGACUGCUUAUCUCGAAAAGGCAAAUAUCUCGGGCCUGAUGGUUCUGCAGGACGGUGAGAUCAAACUUGAGUACUACGGCAAAGGUCUGAACCGGGAGAGUCGUAACCACAUCUGGUCCGCAAGCAAGAGCUUUACCUCAACACUUGUGGCGAUGGCACAUUUUGAAGGCAGGAUUGAAAGUCUGGAUGACAAGGUGGAGCGAUACGCCCCGCAGUUCAGCGGCACUGCUUACGGCGAAAGCUCGAUCCGCCACGUAUUGAUGAUGUCAUCCGGCAUUAACUUCUUUCAUUUCAAAGGCAAGCCUGACCGCAACGAUAUGUACUGGGACAUCAUCCAGGAGCGGCAGGACUUUGAUGCAUGGGCCGGUGCGCUGGGGCGCCGUGUACCCCCAGGGACGGACUUCAACUACAUCGCCACAGAUACCCAUGUGCUGGCUGCGGUUCUCAGGGGAGUUUAUGGACUCCCCUUUACCGAGAUCGUGCAGGAUCGACUCUGGCAGCGCGGUGGAUUCGGCGGCGAUGCAACCUGGGGUCUGGAUGGUAGCGGUCACGCUAUGGGGCACUGCUGCCUCUCAUUGCGCCUGGAAGAGUUUGCUCACCUUGGCCAGCUCUACGUUGAAGACCUUGUUAUGGAAGGUGAUCAGACGGUUCGCGACGACUGGUUCUCCAUGGUCGAAAACCCCCAGGCACCAUUCCAGGAACCUCGAAUCGAUGAAGUCGGUGACCUGCAGCGUGGCUACAGCGUCCAGUUCUGGAUACCCCAUAACUAUGAUCAGGAGUUUAUUGCAGCGGGUGCGUUCGACCAGUAUCUGUGGAUCGAUCGCCGACAAGGGACUGUGGUGGCCCAGUUCUCGACAGGACAACCGAUGUUGUUCGCCGAAGGUGAAAACGGAAAGGUGGAUGGAAGGGUUGAACGCACAGCCGCGACGCGCCGGGAAAUCCUGAACGCGACGCGCGGGCUGAUUCUUGGUGGGACUAUCGAUCCCACCGCCAGAGAGAUUGCCGACAGUGCUGGCAUUACACCAAGGACUCUGUUCCGACACUUUCCGGAUAUGGACUCGUUGCACCGCAGCCUGAUCGCGGAUGCUGAGGGUAAAGCAGCGGCUGUGAUGGAUGAACCUUUUACCGUGCAGGCGGAGAGUAGUUGGCAUGAACAGAUACAGCAGGUGAUUGAUCGACGUGUUCGGGUUUAUGAGUCGUUGCUGCCGCUUUAUAUAUCAACCAUCUGGAGCCGGUAUCGUGCGUCGACAUCUGAUUCCGGCCAGCGAGCGGGUAUAGCGCGACGACGUAAAAGGCUGAUGGACAUUCUCCCCGAAGAAAUCACGCGGGAUCAGGUCGUGUUUGAAGCCGUUGAUGGCGUGUUGGGUAUAGACUACUGGGUCAGCCUGCGACGGGAUCAGCGAUUGAGUGCAACAACAUGGGUUCUGUUCUAUGCGAUUCUGCUGGUUCAGAUGGCCGCCUGCAGCAAUGGUGCUGAUAUCGAAAUUGACCGAAGCGAAUACCAUGACAGACUGCGUGGAUUCUGGCUGGGCAGUUCCAUUGCGAACUGGACCGGUUUGCCAACUGAAAAUGUUCGUGCUGCGCCGCCGUUCUUCAAUGACGAUGAUUGGCAGAAGCGGAUCGGUCGGGCAGGAGAAGUUGUCGAUUAUGUGCUGGGCAAUGACCCAUGGGGCGCGGAUGACGAUACGGAUAUUGAGUACGUUUAUCAAAAGGCCAUGGAGCAAAGCGACAGCUACAUGCUCACGGCUGAACAGAUUGCUGCUGCAUGGCAGAGGCACAUAGGUCUACCGUUGCUGUGGGUGUCGAACCUUGCGGCACUUGGGCAGAUGCAGAAUGGGGCGCUGCCGCCGGUAACCUCCCUGCCUGAGAACAAUCCAAUGUGGGACAUGAUUGAUGCGCAACUGACCACUGAAAUAUUUGGUGCCAUGGCCCCGGCGCGCCCGGAUGUGGCGCUGCAGAUGUCGCAUCUGCCCAUCCGUACUACAGCUUACCUGCAUUCGGAGUGGGCUGCGGAGUUCUACGUGAUCAUGCAUUCCCUGGUUGCACUGGCCGAUCCCGGUUUGUCGCGCAAAGAGCAGGUGUUCUGGAUGGCUCGGGAAGCCCGCAAGCGCGUACCGGACUGGUCGUACAUUGCGGAUAUGUAUGACUUCGUCGAGGCACAAUACGACGGCAACCCAGACAAAGAUAACUGGGAGCAGACCCGCGACAGAGUCUAUGAACGCUACCAGGUACAGGGGGCGGCCGGCUAUGAGUACAAGUAUCCCUGGGAUGCGGGCAUCAACUUCGCCGCUUCAAUCGUAAGUCUGCUUUAUGGGGAAGGGGACUAUAGAAAAACGAUCCGCAUCGGCACCCUUGCGGGUUGGGAUUCGGACAACCCAACGGCAACCUGGGGUGGCUUAUUGGGAUUGUUGUACGGCUAUGAGGCGCUGCAGGACUACUUCAAUAAAACGGACUUCUCUGAUGACUAUCUGAUUACCCGCACACGCUACAACUUUCCUGCAGCGCCCGAUAACUUCACGGACAUGGCGACGCGUGGUCUGGACAUCAUCGAUGGCGUCGUCGUGCAGGGUAUGGGCGGCGACGUUGUUGACGGCCACUGGGUGAUUCCAGCCAUGCAUGAUGACAUUGUCAGGUCUGCAGUUGAAGAGACGGUUAUACCGUGGGAGACCAUCGAAGAUACGGACCCCCGCUGGCAGUACAGCGGUUUCACCACUGAAGGUCAGAAAUGGAACGCAUCCGGGGCGACUUUGACGUCGGGCCAGUCCGAUUGCGCUGCCGAAAUAAUGUUCAGUGGCACGGCAGUGCAGUACUACGCGUUCAGACAUGCUGGGGCUGGGAAGGUAAGCGUUGCCCUGGAUGGGGAGCAGAGUAUCGUCGACCUGUCUAACAACGCCAGCGAACAUGGACGGUCAAUGCAAGUCGAAAACAAACUUACGCCCAGCGAAGAGCAGAUCAAAGGAUUCUUUACGCCAGGUGCGGAAGGGCCAAUCUAUAUGCUUAAUCUGCUUAAGUUCAAAGAGAAAGCCGAAUACGCGGAUGGGCGCGAAACCGACUUAUCCGGCGUUGAAGCUUAUGCGCUGUAUGGCGCGGCUGUUUCGGAAAUACUGGUGAACCUUGGUGGUGGCGGUAUGUUCAACGCCAAGGUUGAACGGCUGAUGCUGGGUGAGGUUGAAGAGCUGUGGGAUUCGGUUGCCAUCGCCAUGUAUCCAAACAGACAAGCCAUGAUCGAGAUGAUGCAGUCAGAAGAAUAUCAGGCGAUUCAUCAUCACCGGGAUGCGGGGCUGGCUGGACAGUUGAAUAUCGAGACCACAAAUGCCGGUGGUAUCUGGCUGGGUGGUUCUGGUAUCGAUUCAGCGUUCCAUGUGGGUAACGCUGCCAUCAGCGUAUUCCCAUAUCAGUUGUUCGCCAUCCAUAUAACGACGUACGACUACUGGCCCCCAGCCGAACGCUUUGAAUUCCAGCACGCCGUUGUUCCAGAACAUGCCGGCGGAACUUCGGGGGCAAUACUCGCGAUCACCCAGGGUAAACAGCACGGCGCCUUCGGUGUCAUUAGAGUUGUAACUGGCGGUGCUGUUUGGCCCGGAGUCGUGAAUGAUGCCGCUGGUGGUGACAACAACACGUGGGCCGCACUGUUCUAUGCGCUCGACGUGACCAACGCGGCCCGAGACGCCGCGCCAGAGGCCGCGAAUAUCGUCAGCACCCCCGGGUAG